AUGAAGAAAAGAUCGGAUAAUUUGAUGAAGAAAAGAUCUGAUAGUUUGAUGAAGAAAAGAUCUGAUAGUUUGAUGAAGAAAAGAUCUAAUAGUUUGAUGAAGAAAAGAUCUGAUAGUUUGAUGAAGAAAAGAUCUGAUAGUUUGAUGAAGAAAAGAUCCGAUAGUUUGAUGAAGAAAAGAUCUGAUAAUUUGAUGAAGAAAAGAUCUGAUAGUUUGAUGAAGAAAAGAUCUAAUAGUUUGAUGAAGAAAAGAUCUGAUAGUUUGAUGAAGAAAAGAUCUGAUAAUUUGAUGAAGAAAAGAUCUAAUAGUUUGAUGAAGAAAAGAUCUGAUAGUUUGAUGAAGAAAAGAUCUGAUAAUUUGAUGAAGAAAAGAUCUGAUAGUUUGAUGAAGAAAAGAUCUGAUAAUUUGAUGAAGAAAAGAUCUGAUAAUUUGAUGAAGAAAAGAUCUAUUAGUUUGAUGAAGAAAAGAUCUGAUAGUUUGAUGAGGAAAAGAUCUGAUAAUUUGAUGAAGAAAAGAUCUGAUAAUUUGAUGAAGAAAAGAUCUGAUAGUUUGAUGAAAAAAAGAUCUGAUAAUUUGAUGAAGAAAAGAUCUGAUAGUUUGAUGAAGAAAAGAUCUGAUAGUUUGAUGAAGAAAAGAUCAGCCAAGUAG